AUGUCCCAUAUUCAGUCUUUCGGAAGAGUGGUGGGCUCGAUGGUCCAAUCAAACCCGCAGAUUGCGGGUCUUGUGUGGGGUGGUGCACAGCUAAUCAUCGAGAUGUGUGUUCGCCCCACCCAGAUCCACGAAAUGGUUUUUAACAUGCUCGAAACGCUAUCUCAGUAUUUGCCUUUGUUUGAAACUUGGUGCCGACUGUUUCCUGAGGCAUCCUAUACCGAGCUGUCUGACUCUAUCUGUAAUACCUGUUUAGCGUUUUUUUCGUUCGUAGUGCAUGCAAUAAGAUUUCUUCGCAAUAGUGCGACAGAGAAUGCCCUUCGAUCCAUCUUCUGCCCCUCUUUCCAAACUGAAUUUGCUGAAGCGGAAAGAAAAAUCAAGCGUCAAACAAAACACUUGGAACUGCAGGUACAAACAGCGGGGCUCACGUCUUCUCAGGCAAGGCAUCAAAUCAUCCGCGAUAUGCUACAAUCUUCGGCCAACUCCCCGCCACGACAGCUUUUCGACCGCGAAGAGGAACUCUCCGUACUCCACGAGAAGCUAGCAAACGGGAGAUUGGACAGUACAGAUCCUAAGCUUGCUAGUGUCGUCCUGCAUGGCCUUGGAGGAUUUGGGAAAUCCACUGUCGCUCUAGAAUAUCUCUAUCGACAUUACGAUUUGUAUAAAGUCAUCAUUUGGCUCUAUGCGGAUAAAAAGGAAAAAUUGGACAGUCAAGUCGUCCAGCUGGCAAGACUGUUAGGCCACUCAAGUGAAGGGGGAAAUACAGACGAUAGUCGUGAAGCUGUUAUGCACUGGAUUACGCACCUCGACGUCAACUAUUUGAUCGUCUUCGAUAAUGCAGACGACAUAACGCUCUUGAACCCAUAUUGGCCUUCUUCAAACCACGGUUCCAUCAUCAUAACUAGCAGAAACUCUUAUCCCGGACGAGGUUCCCUUGCGAUGGCUGGAAUAUCCAUCGAACCAUUCACGGUGGACCAAGGCGCUAAUUAUCUUCUUCAUCUUCUGACAGAUAUUGUAUCGCCAACUCAAGAGGACAAGGAUGCGGUAAGAACCAUUGCAGAGAAUUUCGAUGGAUUUCCGCUCGGGCUUCGACAAGCAGCAUAUUUCAUGAGGAAUAGAAGAUGUCUUCCCGCGGCGUACCUUCUGUUAUAUUCCGAGAAUAGAGAUACUCUGGAACAAGAAGAAAUCCCAGGUUACAGUAAGACUUUGGCCGAUGUUUGGGAGUUAUCCAUGAGGACGUUGAGCCAAGACGCAGCUAAUCUUCUUGACAUCCUCACUUUCCUUGACCCCGAUGCCAUUCCCAUCGAUCUGUUCAAGGACUACGGCCAUACAACCCAGUGCUCGAGUUUUUUGGAAGAUGCAUUGAGAUACUUGAACGCGUCAGAGCUGCUGUUGAACCAGUCGCUUAUCAACAUCAACGUCCGGGAUAAUAUCAUAUCAAUGCACCGAUUCUUUCAAGCAGCAACAUUUCGAAAACUUGGGGCCCGUAGGACGAGGUUCCACGACGUAUGCUGUAGUGUCAUCCAGAUGAUCAACCAUGUUAUUCCCCAAGAUGAUUAUCUUUCAAUGAAACAUUUAGAGGCCUGGAGGGUUGUGGAGACCUAUAUAUCCCACGCGGAAGUCUUGUACGAACGAGCGGGCCAAGGCAUACCCGUGGCAGCCGUGAAUAACCUAUUAGAUUUCUCAGGGCGGAUUUCAGGCUACUAUUAUGAGACCGGUCGGUACGAGCCCUGCGGUGUGAUUCUUUCGAAGGCAAAGGAUCUUGCCGCAAAUGAACCAGCGACCGAUAGGAAAAUCCUUUCCAAAAUCUAUUACUAUCACGGUCGAUUGUGUCAAGAGACAAACAAACCUGAUAAUGCAAUCCAAAAUUUCGAAAAAGCAAUCGAUCAUUACGAGAGCGCAUUGCUUCCCGAUGUCGUACGCCAUGAGGAUACAUACCUGGCAAUUCUCUACGAGAACCUUGGAAUGUCCUGCAUUGGAGCGGAAAAGUAUGAUGACGCUGAAAUGUACCUGGAUAAAGCUAUUGAGCUAGGCCAAGCUUCUGGAUCUGCUACAAGUUCUGUCUUAGGAGACUUCCUGCAGUGCAAAGGAGCUUGCUUUCUUUGGAAAGGAGAUCUCGCCAAAGCUGAGGACAUUCUUUGCAGAGCUUUGCUGGAGAGGUGUGGAGAAAAUAACGAAAAUAGAGGUGGUGCACUCUAUUCCCUUGGAAAUGUGUAUUUUCGGCAGGGGAGAUACUCCGAGUCACUUGAGCUUCAUCAGCAAGUCCUUGAGCUUUACACCACCGACCUUGGGAACAACCACCAUUGGGUGGCGGAUUCGUGCCACAAGAUCGGAAGUAUUUUAGCAGUAGCCGGGUUUGAUGGGGGAGAUCUCGUUGAAGCAGAAAGGUUUUUGCGCAGAUCGCUUGACAUCUGGGAUACACCUCCAAAUCUUGGCAAGUCGCAUUCGAAACCUUCUGCAGCUAGGAGUUCAUGGAAACUAGCUAGCAUUCUCACUCGGUUGGAUCUCGACUCGGAAGAAGGGCGUUUGCUCCAUCAGAAGUCAUGUGAGUAUGUGAUGCAGGAACGCGGAGUUGACUUGAACAAGAUAGAUGACCCCGAGGCUGUUGUGGAUAGCUUGGUGUGGUAUUGGAGUCGUUAGCUAGAUACGCCGAGGCUGAUGGAACGUCUAGUGCUCGGAAGGCUCCUAACCGCAUCUAUUCCGCUGCCCUGAUGUAUCGCCCUAAAGCAACUCUGAUGGGACACAUUGAGAUGAGGCGUUUCAUCUAUUAAAGGGGCCGGUGCAGAUCUUUUAUGAAUGCUGGAUCAUAAUUUGCGCGGUAUAUCUGCUGCAAUUAGGAGCUCCGACAAGCAGCCAUGGUGGAGAAAUGUAGUGAGAAUUUAGAC